UUCAGCUGGCAGGUCUUGGCUCUUCCUGGGCACUUCUGGGAAAGAGAAGCACCGCCUCCAUUUUGUGGCAGGGCAAUCCUGCCAGAAGAUUCGCGAACGAGGCUUGGCUGGGGAGAGUUUCCGCAGCUUUCUUCUUCGGGGCCACUAGGCGGCUGCAGAGACAACCAGCUCUAAAAGAAAACAGAAUUUGAAAAGUUAUUUCUAGUUUUCAGCACAAAGCUAGAAUAAAAAACCUUCUAGGUGUAGGGACUUCUGGCGCUAACUUACGAAAACGUAUUGAGCCUUCCGUUUAUUUUUCCUCUUGGAACUAAGCCAGAGCGUGAUGUCCUGUUAUAGAGAUGUAGUCUUUUUUUAGGAAUAUUUAUUUGGGCAAGUGUGGUUAGAGACACAAGGAAUCUUGUCUGUGGCACAAAAGCACUUGGUUCACUUGCAUUCAAACGACAGAAUCAUAAUCACGUUCAUAAUCAUAGUGCCAGCGACAUCGCUCCUCUCUGCUUGCCCUUCUCAUUUUGGUGUUCUCCCCUCUGCGUUACGCUGUCUUCGGGCUUUGUGAUUGUUGAGUCCUUCCUAGCCUUUUCCAGCAUUCAUCUUGGUGCCUGAACUGUACAGCUGCCCUGCACGUUCGGUUAUCCCCCCCCUCCUUCUCUUUCUCCUCUGAGCUUCUGCCAAGGCUUCAUUGGUCCUCCAACAGCCAGACACUAAUCCUUGCCCUGAAUUCUGCCAUAUGUGGUGCAGCCAGUGUGGAAACUGCCUGAAUUAGUGACAGGAGAGGGGGAAUGUCUGGACCAGAGCCGGGAGGAGAAUCCCAUGCUGCGCUGCUGGCUGGCUGGCUCCAGUCAUGUGAUCUGUGAGCUCACACAGGUUGACUGUGAGGCAGUAGCCUACCUGAAGAACAUUCUGCACAGGGAGGAUGGGGAGUUGGAAGAAGGGGAGUUGGAAGACGACGGGGGUGAGGAGCCCAAUGGUGCUUCGGAGACACAUGAGAAGAGCAGGAAGGAAAAAAAUGAGAAGCACCACAGUGACUCGGACGAAGAAAAGACGCACCGGAGGAAAAGGAAGCGUCGGAAAGAGAGGGAGAAGGAGAAGCGGAGAUCGAAAAAGAAAAGAAAAUCUAAACACAAACGCCACGCCUCUUCCAGCGAAGAUUUCUCUGACUACAGUGAGGAUUCUGACUUCAGCCCAAACGAAAAGGGGCAUCGGAAGUACCGCGAAUACAGCCCCCUCUACUCUUCUUCCCAUCAGCAGUACUCAUCGUCUCACAGCGCCCCAAAGAAGGGGUAUCCUAAAAUGGAGAACAAGAGCUACCCUCCCUACGAAGAGUACGAGAACGAGGGCUACUGCGCCUACGAGGGGGAGGAGGAGGAGGAGGACAUGGGGAAAGAAGACUACGAUGACUUUGCAAAGGAGCUGAACCAGUACCGGAGGGCAAAGGAGGGGACGCACAGGGGGCGAGGUGGCCGUGGUCGAGGCCGAGGUUACCGUGGUCGUGGAAGAGGUGGAAUGAGAGGACGGGGCAUGGGCAGAAGCAACCGAGGCCGGGGAAGGGGGGAGCAUCCGGAGGAGGAGGAGGAGGAGGAGGCUUAUGACGAGGAGAUGGAGUUCUGCGAAGGGGAAGAGCCCAUGGGGGAGGAAGACUAUGACGACUAUUCCAAAGAACUGAACCAGUACCGCAGAAGCAAAGAAGGAAGAGGCAGAGGCAUGGGACGUGGCCGAGGCCGUAGUUCCAGGGGGCGAGGAGGCAAGGGGAUGGGCCGCGGACGUGGUCAUCGUGGCAGAUCAGGCCUAGGCAAAGCGGGGGCGCUCAAUGAAGAGGACGACUACUAUGAGGAUGACCUAGGGGACGGAGGUGGCGGCUGUGGAGGUUACAGGCGGAACGAUCACGAGAAAUCUCACCAGUCGGAUAAGAAAGGAAAAGUCGUCUGCAAGUAUUUUGUGGAAGGAAGGUGCACUUGGGGGGAGCACUGCAACUUCAGCCACGAUAUUGAGCUGCCAAAGAAGAGGGAACUCUGCAAGUUUUACAUCACUGGUUAUUGUGCCCGGGCGGAGAAUUGUCCUUACAUGCAUGGGGACUUCCCUUGUAAGCUCUUCCACACCACUGGGAACUGCAUUAACGGAGACGACUGCAUGUUCUCGCACGAACCGCUCACGGAUGAAACUCGGGAACUCCUUGAUAAGAUGUUGGCGGACGACGCAGAAGCCGGAGCAGAGGAUGAGAAGGAAGUGGAGGAGUUGAAGAAGCAGGGCAUCAACCCAUUACCCAAGCCGCCUCCUGGGGUGGGAUUGCUGCCCACUCCCCCGCGUCCUCCGGGGCCCCCAGCUCCGACCUCCCCUAAUGGCCGGCCCAUGCCCGGAGGGCCCCCCGCCCCUCCCCCUCCCCUUCCUCCCCCAGGGCCCCCACAGAUGCCCCUCCCGCUCCACGAGCCCCUCUCGCCGCAGCAGCAGCUGCAGCAGCAGCAGGACUUGUACAAGAAGAUCCCUUCCCUCUUUGAGAUUGUUGUGAGGCCGACGGGGCAGCUGGCGGAGAAGCUGGGGGUGAGGCAUCCUGGCCCAUCCCCACCUCGGUUCCCCGGGCCUGGGCACCCGGAGCUGCCUCCCGACCUGCCCCCAGACAUGCUCCCAGACCUUUGUCCGGACAUCUGUCCCGAUAUGCCAAUGGGCCCAGGGAUGAACCCUGGCCCUCCGUUGGGCCCCGGACCCCCCAUGAUGCCCUUUGGCCCCGAGGAGAUGCCCCCCGGCCCCCCAACACAGGACUUCUACGACAACUUCUACCUUCACCCAGAAGGCCUGGAGAUGGACCCCAGCCUCAUGGUCGGCCCAGAGGGCUACCCAGGCUAUGAGGAGAUCCCUGGGGAAGGGCUUUUCCCCGACCCCUCCCUGGAGCCAGAUUCUUUCUGCGAUGGAGGCCUCCCGCGGCUGCAGAAGCCCCCCAACAGCAUCCCAGACUUCCUGCCUUCCACCCCGAGGGCGCUCUACCUCCGCAUCCAGCAGAAGCAGCAGGAAGAAGAGAGAGCUCGCCGGCAGGCAGAGAGCUGCAAGCAGGACCGAGACCACGAGGAAGGUGAUCCCGGCAACUGGUAUUCCAGUGAUGAGGAGGAUGGCGGCGGCGGCAGCAGUGUCAGCUCCAUCCUGAAGACUCUACGGCAGCAGAGCUCCAGCAGACCCCACGAGGACCCCUCCGGAAGCCCCAUUCCGGCCUCGGGAGGCAGGAGCGACCCCCGCCUUCAGAAGAGCCGGCCAGCCGAUCCUCGGCUCCUGCGUGACCCCAGGCUCUCUCGAAACCUGGAGCCCUCUGGAGCCGGAGACGCAGGGCCCACCGAUCCACGGCUGGCACGGCACAGCGCAGCCUCCGCCCCCAAAACAGCGGAAGCUCUCCAUUCGAGCCCUUCGGUGAGCCAGAAGGCUGUUCCGGUCACGGAGGAGGAGGAGGGGGAAAGGGCCCUGCGGGACAAACCGGUCACCAUCCCUCUGGACACCCUGCCCAACCUCUCCCUGAGGGACCCUCGCUGCCAGUUGCAGCAGUUCAGCCACAUCAAGAAAGACGUCGUCCUGCUUAUGCCCAGCUUUGCACGGAUGGUGCUGUGGAGCCCCGAAGACCUCAUCCCCCUGCCUGUCCCUAAGCAGGAACCGGUUCCUGUCCCACCUGCUCUCCAGGCCCUGCCCGCCCUUGAUCCACGCCUGAACCGGCCUCAGAAUGCCAGCGUCUCUGACCCCAGGCAGCGGGCAGGGCCCCAGCCAGAACCCUCUGCCGGCCCUGGCUCCAGCCUUCCCGAUUUUGAGCUGCUGUCCAGGAUAUUAAAGACAGUCAAUGCAGCCGGCAGCCCUGGGCAGGCUGACAAGCCCAGCGAUCCCCGUACACGGAAAGCACCCGCGGACCCCCGGUUGCCCAAGGCGUCCGAGCCAGGGUCCUCGGGAGCCGCCAAGCAGGCUGAGGUCAGCCCCCCGCUAGCAGUGGGGGCGGAGGCUGCCGCCAGCAUAGCCCCCUACGAUCCCAGGCUGCUGACGGCAGGAGGGCUGAGCAGGGGCCCUGGCCAAAGCAGCGUCCUGAGCGGGAUCAGCCUUUACGACCCAAGGACUCCGAGCCCCGGCUGCAAGUCGGCUGAGCCUGCUGGCGAAGGGAGCCCAGCUACCAAAAGUGCUGAAGGCAGCAAAGGCGGCGGCAGCAGCGGCGGCGGCAACAGAGGGAAGGAGCCGCUGUUUGUGCGCCGGUCAGCUUUGGACCAGCCGGAAGGCGAGAAGCCCAGCCCAGAGCCAGCCACCGACCGCUACAACAGCUACAAUCGCCCACGGCCCAAGGCAGCCCCUUCCGCUCCUGCUUCCACAGUGCCUGCUGUAGAGACAGCUGUCACUCAGCCUGGCGUCCACAAUCUCCCCGUGCCGCCGGUGUAUGGCUUGGUGAAGCAGGCGGCCAAGUCGGGGCCAGGCAGCCCUUUUGCAGGGAACAGCCCUGUCCAGGAAGGGGAGGUGCAGGAUGCAGCCUCGCUGAAGGAUGUUUUUAAAGGGUUUGACCCGACCGCCUCCCCCUUCUGCCAGUAGUGUUAAGAGACUCGUCCGUGCAGCCUUGUGUCCAAAAGAAGCAGCAGCAGCAGCAGCAGCAGUGUUCUUCCCUUUCUAAAGAUCCCAUGAAUUGCCACUGACCACCUCCCUCCGUCCUUGGAGCUUCGCUGAGUGUAAUCUGCAGGCGGCCUUGUGGAAGAGGAACAAGGGUCUUGAGCCCCCCCAGGCAGUAUUGCGUCUUGCCCCCUCUGGGUUCCCUUGCGGACUCUCCUGGUGUCCCCUCGGAACCCUCCAGGGUCUUCAA